GGUGCAACGUGGAGAACGCCUGCUACAGCCUGGGGGUGUGCGCCGAGCGCACCGCCAUCCAGAAAGCCAUCUCGGAGGGGCACACCAGCUUCAGGGCCAUGGCUAUCGCCAGCGACAUGGGGGACCACUUCAUCGUGCCCUGCGGCGCCUGCAGACAAGUGAUGAGAGAGUUUGGCACAGACUGGGAUGUCUACCUCACCAAAGCUGACGGCACCUAUAUCGUCAAGAGGCUGGAGGAGCUGCUGCCACUCUCCUUCGGCCCUGAGGACCUGAAGAAGGUGUGA